AUGUCGACUCUUUCCUUGUCCGGUAGUAAACGAGGUGCAUUUAUAGUGUUUGAAGGUUGUGACCGUGCUGGGAAAUCUACGCAAACAGAAAAACUUGUUAAUUACUUAAAUGAACAUGGAUUCGCAGCGGCCAAAGGAAAAUUUCCAGCGAGAAGUUUAGAACCAUUAGGACCAAUAAUUGAUGACUAUUUAAAGAAUGAUGUAGAAUUUUGUGAUAAAGCAUUUCAUUUUUUAUUGUCAGCAAACAUAUGGGAGCAAGAGUCAUAUGUAAAGAAUACUAUCCUCAAUGGCAAAACAUUAGUUAUGGAUCGAUACGCAUAUACCGGCGUUGCAUAUUUGACUGCCAGGGGUUUGGAUUUAAAUUGGUGUAAAACUUCAUAUAUUGGUUUACCUUCACCCGAUAUUAUUUUUUUCAUGGACAUGCCAUUGGAAGAGUCUGUAAAAAGGGAUGGAUAUGGUAGUGAAAGGUUUGACAAAAUUGAGAUUCAAGAAAAGGCAAAAAAUGCAUAUUUAUCAAUGACAGGUCCAGAAUGGAAGAUAUUAGAUGGACGACAAUCAAUUGAUGAACUUCAUGAACAAAUUGUAAAAAUGUCCUUAGAA